GCGCAUGCGCGGGGCGUCCUGCCCGUGGUGCGCGGCGUCCUUCUCGUGGUGCGCGGCGCUGUCUUCGCGCUGUGCCUGUUCCUCGGUAGCUGCCGGGCUCUGACAAGAAUGAUGGAUUUUGAGAAUCUUUUCUCCAAACCCCCUAACCCGGCUCUCGGCAAGAAGCCCGCCACGGACUCUGACCAAAGAAUCGAUGGUGAAAUAGAUGAUACAGAAGUUGAAGAAACACAAGAAGAGAAAGUAAAAUGGAAAGUAAAACUGAAGUGUGAGCAAAUUUCCAAAAAAUUUAGGCACUUUGGAAACUCUACAUCACGGAAGAAUCUGCAACGUAGAAAAUCAAGAAGUAAGGACUAUGAUGUAUAUAGUGAUAAUGAUAUCUGCAGUCAGGAAUCAGAAGAUAAUUUUGCUAAAGAGCUUCAACAAUAUAUACAAGCUAAAGAGAUGGCAAAUGUUACUCAAUCCUUAUCUCUUCCUGAAGAAUCUGUGAAGAAAGAGGGAGCAAAGGAUACCCAGAAGGGUAAAGCUGUUAAACAAAAAAAUAAAAAUAAAAACAAAAACCUUAAAGCUGUUCACAAGAAUGGUAAACAGAAGAAAAUGAAGCGAAAAUGGCCUGGCACUGGAGACAAAGGAUCAAAUGCUUCCCUGAGGAACAAUGGCUCACAGGAACAGGAUGGUAAACCUAAAGAGAAGCAGCAGCCUGUGAGAAUGAGUCAGGGAUUCAUCAACCAACAUACGGUGCAACGCCAGGGAAAACAAAUUUGUAAAUAUUUUCUUGAAAGGAAAUGUAUUAAGGGAGACCAGUGUAAAUUUGAUCAUGCUGCAGAGAUAGAGAAGAAAAAGGAAAUGUGUAAGUUUUAUGUACAAGGAUAUUGUACCAGAGGUGAAAACUGCCUGUAUUUGCAUAAUGAGUAUCCUUGCAAGUUUUACCAUACAGGAGCAAAAUGUUAUCAGGGAGAAUGUUGCAAGUUUUCACAUGAUCCACUGACUGCUGAAACACAAGAACUGUUGGCUAAAGUUUUGAAUCCUGAAAAGUCGUCAUGAAAAUAAGAUACAUAAAAAAGUGAGAACUCUAAAUAUAUUGUCAAAAUAUGCCUUGGAGAUAUCACACAAGAUCAGUGUUAUGAAGCUACCAAAUGCAUAAAUGAAUAUUCUCUUGAGGAACUUCUCAUCUAAGGACUUUUUUCCCUUUUGGUGGUACAAUUAGGAACAGGUGGGUUUUGUGGAACUUUUUGGUGCUGGUGGGGUGGCUGUCAGUUCAGGGUAGAUUCGGACCUGUAUUAAUUUGAAGUAUUUUUUCAUUUCCUCAAGCAGAGAUGACAUAUUUCUAGGUCAUGGGAUCAAGAGGUGACUACCUGAGAUCACAGAAAACCUUAGGUUGCAUCAAGGAAGUAUUGGUAGGCGGAAAAAUCAGGAUGAGCUUAUUAUUAGCUUUGUGGACAUACAUUUUUAUUUAUCUUGAGUAGGUUACUACUUUAGUGGAAUUUCUGGGUCCGACAGUAAAUACAUGUUUAACUUUUUAAGAACUGCCACAUUGUUUUACAAAGUGGCUGCAUCAUUUUACAUUCCAGACAGCAAUGCAGGAGGAUUUUAGUUUCUUCACAUCCUCACCAAUGCUUGUUACUGUCAGCUGUUUUGAUUAUAGCUUUUCUGUUAGGGGUGAGCUGGAAUCUCAUUGUAGUUGUAAUCUACAUUUUUCUAAUGACUAAUGGUGUUGAGGAUCUUUUCAU